GAGAGAGAGAGAGAGAGACAUUAGUGCGUAAACUAAGCUCACAAGUGCUGGAAUAAGAGUUAGAGAUAGCUCCGGCGAAGUCAUCGGCUCACAUACUUGUCUUCCUCUCCCACAACCUAGUCAUAAUUUCAUUCCCUCAUUUGAAAAAAAAAAAAAAUUAGUUAGGAGCCAAAAAUAUUCGAAAAAACCGGCGAUCCGAGUUGUCGGGAAAGGUCAUUGCCACGGUGGCAAAACGCAUUCUUCCUUCUCUCUCUGUCUCUCUGGGACUUGUUAAUCACUAUCUCAUCUUCAAACUCCUGUUCGUGUUUCCGAUCCUCUCUCCAGUUUUCUGAGCUGAAGCCUCUGCACAUUUCACCGGAAUCAUACACCCGGAAAGCCGCCCCCUUCUUUUCAAGUCACACCACUUCGGAUUCGGCGCUCUCCUCCCAUUUCCGGCGGAUCCAGAAACCGGAAUUCGACAUAAAAGCAAGGUCUGUUUGUGUUUCAGAUUGUCUAAAGAAGACAGCGCCUUGUGCUUGAGAUUGAGAAUCGAAUGCAUUGAGCUCAGUAAUUUAUAGGGUCCGGGCCAAUGAGAAAACACGACGACAACGACAUGGUCAGAACGCCGGAUGGAAUGUACGUGCAUGCUCAUCAUUCCAGCUCCGACCGCCGGAUUAUGGACACGCCUGGCCCCUCCCUCAGAGUUUAUCAAGUUUGGAAAGGAAACAAUAGAUUUUUCUUUGGUGGCAGACUGAUAUUUGGUCCGGAUGCCAAGUCAUUGAUUCUUACUAUGUUGCUGAUUGUGGUUCCGGUGAUCUUAUUUUGUGCUUUCGUUACUAGUGGACUAGUUCAUGUGUUCCCCCACCGUAUUGGCAAUUGUAUUGUGGCUAUAGCUGUCGUAUUCGCUGUCUAUGUUGUUAGUCUUCUCUUGAUUACAGCUUCAAGAGAUCCUGGCAUCAUUCCUCGAAGUUUGCAUCCUCCUGAACCAGAAGAUGAUGGUUAUAUGUCUAGUAUGUCAUCUGAGUGGCCUGGAAGUCAGAAUGGACCACCAACUGUACCGCCCACAAAAGAUGUGAUGGUUAAUGGCUCGAUUGUCAAGGUCAAAUACUGUCAUACAUGCAUGCUAUAUCGUCCGCCCCGAUGCUCACACUGCUCUAUAUGCAACAAUUGUGUGGAGCGUUUUGAUCACCAUUGCCCAUGGGUGGGGCAAUGUAUUGGGAGAAGGAAUUACCGAUUCUUUUUCAUGUUUGUGGUAUCCACAGCCAUGCUGUGCCUCUAUGUCUUUGCCUUCUCCUGGGUAAACAUCAUGAAAAUAAUGGAUACUUACCAUGACAAUCUCUGGAGAGCUUUGUUGAAGUCACCAGUUUCAGGAAUUCUUAUUGUAUAUACAUUUGGAGCUGCAUGGUUUGUUGGAGGUCUGACCAGCUUCCAUCUAUAUUUGAUCUGCACCAAUCAGACUACUUAUGAGAACUUCCGGUAUCGGUAUGCUAUUAAGAUGAACCCGCAUAAUCGUGGGUGUUUUGAAAAUAUUGCAGAAGUCUUCUGCUCUAGAAUUCCUCCAUCAAAACAUAACUUCAGGGAAAAGGUUAAGGUCGACUCGUCUUCUGUCUAUCCCAUGAGCCCUGAGAUGCCCAAAACAAGAUAUGACACAGAGAUGGGAAAACGCCAAGCUGUGGCUGCUGAAGAUCUUGAGGAUUUACAUAGUCAGAUUGAGACUGUUGUUGGAUUUGAUACGUUGGAGAGGUGUGGGACUCAGCCAAGACAUUCGAACUGGGAUCAGAAAGCCAACUGGCCAGCCUCACCUGAUAUACAAAUGUUGGCUGCUGAGUUUGGAAUGUCAGAUGGUUCAACAACAAGCAGACAGAAAAUUGAAGGGCCUAAUGACCUACAUUAGAGCAAUUUAUGUUUGAUCUUAUAGCCAAGUUUGAUAAUAGUUGCUAACCUGGAUGUUAAAACUUGAAUACUGACGUAGUGCUGAACUCCCUCCCCAUGGGAAGGAUGUUAUCAGGCUCAAGUUCUCAGUGUUCGGACUGGUUCAGUCAAACAGUAAAGAAACAUAUUGCCAUAUAUCAAACUGCAUUUAUAGAUACCUGGAUUGAAGUGUAUGUUCUUCUGGAAACCAAGGUCCAUCAUCUCAGUCAUUAUAGUUGAUUGAAUCACAGAAGAGCUUGUGUGAUGCGGUGCAGUUCUUGAGGAGGUGGCUUUCAGUCAUGCCGGCAAUUGACAUCCAUGGGAUAUAUAUGUGAGUUGUUUUAGAUUUGAGUUGAGAAGAAAAACUAGAGAAAAUUAUUGUUCACCUAGAAAGUAGUUGUAUGUAAAGGAUUUCUUCUAUUAUAUUUUGUAUAUUACAAACACGAGUUUAUCUCAUAAAACUUUGAGACAGUAAGGACUGUAGGUGGAGGAUAGAGAGGCGUAGGAAGAACAAACUUGAAGAUACAUUUCCCCUGUGUAGCUGCUGAAAUGUUGAAGCCUUCUCUGCUACAGAGGGAGCUACAUCGACUCCAUAAUUGCCCUUUACAUGCCAUUCUAGUAGGUCAGCAAUUUCUGAGGCAUAUAGUUUAUUCCAUAGAUAGAUUGGCUCUUCAUCCUCUAUUUUUUUAUUCUUUCCAUUUUCGCUUGCCAGAUUAUGUGUUUUGGUUGAAUGGCUCGUUAUAUCAUAGGGGAUGCUUUAGAAGAUUUCAUGUAAUGUAGAUUUAAGCUCUUAAUAGAAGUCAUUUCCUUUGAGAAAAAAAAAACUGAAAAUGCUAUGAAGAGUAUCAGUCACUUCAUGUUUCUUAGUAAUUAGUACUAGGUUUUUUAAAUUUUUUUAUUGAGAGAAGUGGAUGCCCCUCCUGGACAUUGACGUGAUUUUAGA